CAUAAUCACAAAACUCCCUAGGCCGUGGUGCGGCCAUAUGUGUCACAUUUUAUAAAAUAUCGUUGAAUUUUGCAUAAAAACGGUGAAAAUGGCCCAGUUUGAUUUAACUUCGCGAAUGGGACAAUAUUUGGAUCGCCACUUAGUGUUUCCUUUGUUGGAAUUCUUGUCGGCUAAAGAGAUUUACGAUGAAACGGAGUUGCUUAAAGCCAAGUUAGAUAUUUUAAGCAAGACUAAUAUGAUCGAUUACGCCAUUGACAUCAGGAAGCAACUGUAUCCAAAUGAAGAGGUCCCUGAAGAUUUAAAACAAAGGCGUCAGCACGUUGUAGCUCAGUUACAAGAACUCCAACAAGAAGUGCAACCAAUUUUGAAGAUUAUGGCUGACGAUGAAGUCAUGAAGAAUAUGGAAAAUAUGAGGGAUUCAAAAACUUUAAUUAACUUCCUUUCAAAGGACUAUAAAUUUGAAAUUGAAAUGAUUGAAUCUCUACAUAAACUCGCAAAAUACAGAUAUGAGUGUGGCAACUAUUCGGUUUCCACAUCCUAUCUCUAUUUCUGCAUGCUUGUCUUACCCCCAAAUGACAAAAAUUACUUGAGCGUUUUGUGGGGCAAAUUUGCUUCUGAAAUUCUGGUUCAAAAUUGGGACUCCGCCCUUGAGGAUUUGAAUAAACUCCGCGAGUACAUUGAUUCCAGCCCGAACCAGUUUGGAGGGAACAGCCUUCAGUUGCUCCAACAAAGAACUUGGUUGAUUCAUUGGUCAUUGUUUGUGUUCUUCAACCACGCAUUGGGCCGCGAAUUGAUAAUCGAGAUGUUUCUCUAUCGCCCUCAUUACCUCAACGCCAUCCAAACAAUGUGCCCCCAUAUUUUACGUUAUUUGGCCACUGCGGUUAUUAUCAACCGAGUACGUAGAUCAGCCUUAAAAGACCUUGUUAAGGUCAUCCAACAGGAGAGUUACACCUACCGCGAUCCCAUUACCGAAUUUUUGGAACAUUUGUAUGUUAAUUUUGAUUUUGACGGCGCUAGGCAGAAAUUGCACGAAUGCCAGUCUGUUUUAUUCAACGAUUUCUUUUUGAUUUCUUGUUUGGAUGAGUUCGUUGAAAAUGCGCGACUCAUGAUUUUUGAGACAUUCUGUAGAAUUCACCAGUGUAUCAGUAUUGGGAUGUUGGCCGAAAAAUUGAAUAUGAAUCCAGAGGAAGCUGAAUGUUGGAUCGUUAAUUUGAUCAGAAAUGCGCGAUUAGAUGCCAAAAUUGAUUCAAAGUUGGGGCAUGUGGUCAUGGGGGCGCAGCCUCUGUCACCUUAUCAACAGCUCAUUGAGAAGAUUGAUACGCUAUCGGUCAGGUCGGAAACCCUUUGUGGACUUAUUGACCGGAAGUUAAAAGCAAGGACUGAUAUAAGGUGGGGUAAUCAAGACUUCUAAACGCGACAUUGUCUGUUAUAAAACCUAUCGAUAUAAUAAAUAAACUUUUAUAUCAGUCUCGAGA